AUGCCUGUCAUGCCUAUUUUCAACAAGCACAAGCAACCUCGAGAACACAUUGCGGUAAUUUAUGACAAUUUGGUGGUACUUGAUAAUGCCACUAAAAACGAAAAGGAUAGGCGGAAAGCUGUUGAAGAAAUCGCGAGGGCUUUAAAUGCUUUAAAGGAAACCCUAACUGAUCGGUCCGAUGCCCGUGUCGAAAUAGUGUCAGACGUAACCCAGGAAAUUAUCAAUCGGGAUAUGUUUCCUCUUAUUCUCGCUCAUCUAGAUGCAAUAGAAUUUGAGAGUUGCAAACAAAUAGUGGAACUUUUUGGUCACAUACUCCGCAAACCUGCCCGUCCUUUCAACCCAAUGGUGCAAUAUCUCUGUGAACGCCCUGAAUUGUUGGCAACUCUUCUUCAGGGAUAUAACACACCUGAAACUGCCAUUCAUUUUGGUGCCAUAUUACGGGAUGCUUGUCGGAACGAUAACAUCACCAAGUUGGUACUCGGCUCACCUGGCUUCUAUGACCUAUUUGGUCAUGUACAAGGCACGGCAUUCGAUAUUAGCUCUGAUGCUUUCGCCACGCUCAGGGAUCUGUUAACACGACACAAGCCGGAAGUUGCCGACUUUCUUGUACACAAUUAUGACGUCUUCUUCAAGCACUAUCUCACCAUGCUUACCUCUGAUAACUAUGUCACUAAACGCCAAGCCCUCAAGCUUCUUGGCGAGCUCCUACUGGAUCGUCACAACAGCGAGAUAAUGAACCGGUACAUUGCCGAUCCCGAGAACCUCAAACUUAUGAUGAAUUUGCUCAAGAGUAAAGAGAAGCAGAUUGCUUUUGAGACCUUCCACUGUUUCAAGGUAUUUGUUGCAAGUCCAACGAAAUCGCGGCCCGUGCACAUGAUUCUUUACCAGAACCAGGACAAGCUUAUAUCCUUCUUGCAAAGUUUCCAGACCGAUAGGUCCGACGAUACACAGUUCAACGACGAGAAGCAAUAUCUGAUUAAGCAAAUUCGCGAACUUAGGCCACUCGCACCUCUGUGA